UCGAUUCAGUAGUGAAAAUAUUUACGUGCCUUACUGACAUACUCGUAGACAAGAAGUUAUAUGCAAAAAAAAACAUUUACAUAGUUCAAAUUCAAAGAAAUUUAAAAAGUAAAACAAUCUUCUUACAGUGUUUUGCACUUAAUGUGGGUGUAAUUUUCUAUGAGUGCAGAAUUUAAAUAAUUAAAAAGUUACAUUGUAUGUGAAUAACAAUUGUGCAAAAAAAAAUUUAAUAAAAUCUCUUAUACGAGUACCUAGUUAUCAAGGUUAAAAAAAUAUAAUUGCAAUUAACAAUAAAUUGAUAAGAAACAUACAAACUCGAAGUGUAGUUCAUUGAACUUAAGAUCGUUGAGACCUUAUAGCAUGAUUAUAUGAACAUUUUUGAGUAAAUUUAUUUGUUUUUAAAAAUCCCCGAUAAAAAAAUGCAAAACUUAAAGAUGUUGGAAAUGAAUUUCGAUAAUGAAAAUUGCAACUACAGCAAUAAUAUCAAAACUGAUCCUAAAGAAGAUAUGUUUGCUGAACUUUUAAGAAAAACAUCUGUCGAGGAUGACCAACAGGAUAAAGACGAAAUCGAUUCAAAUGCAAAGAGAAAAGCGUGUUCAUAUCUUUGUUACAAUAUAAACACCUACCUGCAGAUAUUUUUUGGAACACUCUUCAUAGUGUUAGCUCUCCUGCUCUCAAGAUGGUCACUAUUCGAAAUUAUUACAACAACUCGAUUACGAAUGACUCCAAAGCUACCUCCCUACGAAUUAUGGGCUAAACCCGAACCUAUCAUCUAUUGCAGAGUUUAUCUAUUUACAGCUGUUAAUGGUGAUGCAUUCCUCAAUGGAACUGAUGCAAAGUUAAAAAUCAAAGAACUCGGACCAAUUGUAUUUCGAGAACAACUCGAACACAAUGAUAUUGUUCGUCAUGAAAAUUCAACUUUAUCUUAUACAGCUCGAAGGUAUUUGGAAUUUUUACCCGAUAUGAAUGAACCGGGUAUUCUUGAUCGUCAUAUUAUUGUACCAAAUAUUGUUUUACUUGGAAUGGUAACGAAAAUUGCUGAUUCCUUGUUUACAACGAAAAUUCCAUUCAAUAUGAUAAGUCGAGCUGAUAAGUUGUUUGUCAAUAUGACAGUUAGUGAUUAUUUUUGGAAUUUCACAACACCAGCGCUGUUGACUGUGGAUAAAUAUUUGCCAUUUCUGGUUCCGGUUGAUAAUGGUGGAACUUUGCAUAUGGUCUAUAAGGACUUUAAUGAUCGUAUCAAUGUUAGAAUCGGGCCGAAAUACAACGCUCAGGAGUUUUUCACUAUUAACACAUUCGGUUAUCAGAAAACUGUUCCUGGAUAUCAACCCGAACGUGGUGAUUGUUAUGCUGAUUUAAUGAACUCAACAGAGGGCGCCAUCUAUCCAAAUCAAGUCGCUAAAGAUGUGAUAUUGUGGUAUUGGCGGAAAUCAGUUUGUCGUCCAAUACCUCUUUACUUCGAAAAAGAAGUUCAAAUGGGAAAGUUGAAGGCCUUCAAAUACGUCACUCACGUGGAUUGGUAUGAUCGGAAGGAAAACCUGACAGAAGAUUGUUAUAAAGGCUUUGGAAGAACACCACUUCCCGAUGGACUUUCUGAUAUCUCGAAGUGUUACAGUGGCCUUCCAAUUGCUGUAUCAUCACCACAUUUUUUUGGACGUUCUGGCAUUUGGGAUGAUAAGCUUGAAGGCUUUACUCCAAACUAUGUUGAUCAUGGAUCUUAUGCGAUAGUUGAGCCAGUUAAUGGAGUUCCACUUGAUCAGAAGGCACGAUCACAAAGUAAUUUAGUUCUUCCUAAACUAAGUGGAUUUAGUCAGGAAGUAAAUAAAUUCAGUGAGAUGAUAGUUCCAAUUAUUUGGUGUGAAUAUCAUUUACCUGAAGUAACACCAAGUAUAACAGCUCUGUUAAUCUUCACAUCAAAUUACUUGCCUCGAUUACGUUAUAUUGUACCUGUGAUAUUUUUAAUUUUAGGCUUAAUUUUAAUUUACUUUGUGAUAAAAAGGUUAAAUGAUGAUAUAAGUUUGAGUGGAUAUUCUAGGGUAAAAUUAUUAUGGAGGCGUGAAAAGAAUCAUUACUUAAGACGUUCAUCGAAUGGAUAAGCUAUAGAAUUUUAUUUUUUAAAUUGAAAUUAUAAUUUCGAAUGUGGUGCCAAAAAGGGAUGAAGUAGUUUUAAAUAAAAUAAAAAAAUAGGUUAAUAAAUAUGCUUACAAAA